CAAUAAUUACUUGAAGGAGGGUGCUCAACUACUGAAAUAUGGUCGUAAGGGAAAGCCUAAGUUUUGUCCAUUUAGACUUUCUACUGCUGUCUUUCAACGAUAUUUACGUCCUGAAAAGGACUAUUUAUCAUUUUCUCUUCCAUGCAAUAACGGAAAGCGGUCUCUUGAUCUGGUUAGUGGUGGAAGCUCAAAAUUAUGUCUUUACAUUGUUUCCUAUUUUUAUUUAUAAUAACAAUAUUUAUGAUAAUCUGUUAUUUGCGUCGAGAUUUGCAAGGAAAGUUGAGGCGCAAGUGUGGAUUGCAGGCCUUAAAGCACUAAUUUCCUCCGGCAGAGGUGGGCGUUCGAAAAUUGACGGAUGGAGUGAUGGAGGCCUCUACCUUGAUGUACUUCAGGAUGGCAAGCACUUGACAUCAAAUAGUCGUAGUGAUAGUUCUGCUAGCGGUGCACGAGAUAGUGGCUCUCCAGAUUAUGAAUUCAAACUGAAAGUAUUUUCAUAAUCUUUUCAAUGACAAACACGAAAGGUGUUCUUAUUUGGGUAAUUUGAGUAACUCGGAAGAGUGAAGAAAUUACUC